UCGCGCUACCGUUGGCCAAUAAAAAACCGCUAUUGUGGUGGAUUCCAAGUUUUGUUGGCUACACAGCAGGUAAUAUGUAUCGACGACACGAGUCUCUCAUUAGUCAGGUGACCAAAACAGCAGAUGACGUGCCUAUGAUCGUGACUAGAUUGGCGAGCACUGAAAAGAACGACAUUGAUUACUAUCCUUUUUCACAAGUACUGCGAAUACGUGUCCUACAGAUCGUUUGUGGUAUACUUGCAGUCGUCAUGGGCAGCGUGGCUUGCAUAGAAGAGAAAGGUUCAUUUGGCAACCUCGGGCUAGGCAUACCGACUGGACUCAGUACCGUACUAGCUGCAGCGUCCAGUAUCCACACCAGUCGUUUGUUCAGUGGGUACCGAGACACCCUGAUGUCGUCUUCCGGCCAUCCUAGGGUUUCCGUGCUCCGUCUUUUAGGGCCCACCACGCAAUCGGCAAUUGCUGUCGGCACUUUCUGGCUGCUAGCGCUCGCACUGAACGUGGUCCUGUUCACGAGAGCCGGACGUACACUUUUGAGCUACGAUAAUACAAUCAGCUCUAAUCCUACGUUGUUUUGGAUGGCCAUCGUUCAUCUGACGUUGACGUCUCUCGUGCUGUUCGCGGUGGGCGCUAUCGCUUGGCUGGACUACCACCACGACCCAGACUGACAAGCGCUGUACACGGGCGAUCGUUCCGCUGAUCCGCCAAUGUCGUCCCGACCGACGACCAGCAGCUCGGUGACCAUCAGCAUGACGACGUUCACGCCCGACCCGCAAUCGUCGACAGUCGGUCAUCGGCUCACGCCCGGGCCCAGCCUAAUGGUCAGAUCUUGUUAGCACGGCCGCCGUGCUCGUCCCGGAAUUCUGUUUUCCGAAUACCAUCGCUGCGAUAACGAUAUUACAAUAUUAUUAUUGUCAUAUAUCGACCGGGGCAACGCUCGCGGGACGACGAAAACCAAUAAACUUUGGUCAUUAGUCGUUGUCGUUUUUUUUUUUUUCAUUAUUGUUAUUAUUAUAUUAUUUUUGUUCGCUACCGUUUUAUUGUUUCAAAGCGCGUCAUCAUUAUACGACCGUCAUCGUCGUGCAAAACGAUCGGAGUAUACCCCAAACGUUGAGGAUACGAAUUUCCCAUUGAUUAAAUUAGUUGAAAUUAAAAAUUUUUUAGAAAAAAGUCUGAAUUAGA